CAACUACACGCGGAACUCUCUGGAGACAUCCUCCUUGUAUUGGAGCACCUGAUAAGAACGCAACUCUCGAUAACAAGCUUUACCGCACUCUUCAGCAGUUCAGCUCGUACACCUGUUAACAUGUGAAGCAUUCUCCGACUGUUCGCAAGUACGACCAUGUGACCAGGCUGGAAUCCUGUUUGGCAGCUUGAAAUGUUUUCGAUUGCUUUUUAAUAAGUUUGUUGCUCAUUAAUGCUCUGCUGAUGUUACGAUACGGAUCUUGCGUAAUUGUUCUAUCGAUUAUAAUAUGUUGGCAAUAUCUGCAACUGUGCAGGUGUGGAUAUUAUUAAAUGUAGGCUGGCAACAAUUGAGCUUGUUAUGCUUUAAAAUUAUAAAUUAGGAGUAAUUUUGUUGUCGUAAUCAUGCUGUUGCUCUUUGAAUUGCUUGAUGAAGCAUGCAUAUAAUUAUAGUUACUUUCAAUCUGCUUAUCCAAUUUACUUUGGGCCUACUUUUGUGGCACUGGCUCGAAUUGAUGAACCUCGCAAUUCGCAUGGAAUACAUUUCGGUCCCUACUUAAAAGCUUAAAAUCCUCGAACCAUUAUCGAUGAUUGCAUUUUGAGUGGAACCGUGAGUCCCUCUUCUCAAACCAACAUAACAACAAACUCCAUUAGUAGCUACCAUUGGUUUGAUAAUAUGUUCAAAGUGGACAGCAGCCGCUCGCUUGAUUUACUCUUUUCGAAGGACACUGACAGCGCCAAAGUGGACAAGUUUCCCGGGUUACAUGGGUACCCCUCCCACUUUGGGAUAAACUUGAGGCUCUCUGACGAGCAGAUCACAUCAAUAGUUCACAGAGUAAACUUCUUGUUACCCGCCCUCCCUGCUGAGUUUCAAUCUCCCGUUUGGAAUUUACUUGGUUACAUAGCUCACUUAAAAGGAUCGGAAGCAGAAUCUACUGAAUACUACAGGACGGUGCUCCGACUGGAUCCGUUUAACAUAGUCGCUACAUCCGACUUAGCGCACCAGGCAGAACAAGCGGGGAGGAGAGAAGAGAAAAAUGAUUUGGAAAAUCGUAUUAAUAUCUGGUUGAAGAAGCAUCACAUUGUAAAGAGAAAAUACAUCGCACUGGCGCAUCUUGACAUAGCUUUCUUCUACUUCUACUCGGGGCUCCGUCAAGCGACAAUGUAUCACCUGACUACAGCUCUUUCUAUCUACCCUGGGUGUGUCUUAUCUCGGUUUUACUACAGUCUCUUCUCUUAUCUCGCAGACGGGAUAACCUAUCAUUUCCCAAAAGAUGUCAACUUCCACAGUUCCUCCCUAAACUUCGUAUCAGAGUCAAAACCCAGCAUUCCAGUUGUAGAAUACCUUAUCUGGAUCAUUGAAACCAAGUCAGCUUUUCUACCCCGAGAAAAGACAGCAGUUCUGGAGGACAAGCUGCAGAGUUUUGAUAAGGGGUCAAGUUGUCCGCUAAUUCGUCUGUUUAUUGCAAAAGAACUGUACAACCUGCAGUUUUAUCAAGCCGCUAUGGAUAUUGCUAAGAGGAGCCUACAGAGACACGUGUCAGCAGCAGCUCACCACCUGAUGGCCCUGUGCCAGAAGAAGAUAUACGAGAGGGAGGUGGAGCAGAGUCUGUUAGAUAACCAGGCUGUUUCCUCCGCUGGAGACGAUACUCAGCUCUCUCCUAACGGUCCUCAGAUAAUCUUAGAAGAGACGAGACACGAGUCGAAACACCAGAGUUCAGCUCUUUUGCUUCCAGUACGGAGUAUAGACCAAGCUAGUUGCUACUCAGGUCGAUCGAAAAUGUCCGCAAUGAGGAAAGGUUCCCCCAAAGAAUCCGAGGUUUUCACGGACUACGGGUCAGAUCUAAACGAGGAGGACGGAGCUAUAGAUCCAAAAAUCAUGGAAAUGUUCGAGAACGUGAGGUGUGCUUGUAUUUUGGACCCGUUUGACGUUUCCCAGCUGAUGUUGUUGACGGAGGUUCUGGUGCUCUGUCAUAAGAUAGAUCUAGCUAUUGUCUACCUACACGAGGCUCUCCGCAGAUGUUCUGCAUCUGCAGGAGGAGAGAAAGUGAUGACCUACUUCCGGUUGGCAGUGUGUUACAUCGACCAGAAGAACGCGGAACAGGGAGCCAACUACCUCCGAUUGUAUCGUGACAACGGAGGAGAAACGGAGGAGGACUACGUGAACUUGGUUGUGAAACUAGCGGACACUCUAAUGAAAAUGAAACAACCUCUCCAGGCCAGGGAGUGGAUUCAAGUUAUGGAACAAAACCAGCAUCCUAGCUGCGAACAUUUCGUUCAGAGGUUAAAGAGACUGGUUGCAAAAGAUAAGCAUCUUCUGGAUGCCUUUAAUUUGGACAAUAAGAACAAUAGGAAUAGGAAAGGAAUGGGGUCGUUGAGAAGAAAAAUGGGGUCAACUGCUUCUUGAUACGUUACCAUGGCGGAAUUAUAGCCGAUUCACGAUUUAGAAAAUUGUAUUACUAUUAGUAAUUGAAACGAUGAUGCAGAGUCGCAAGAAAGUUUAAGUAAUUUGGA